AUGUCGUCCUCUUCAUCUUCGAAACCCCAUACUCGACCUCCAGCUCCGUUGACGAACGAGGGGAGACGCCUCCGAGCGGUGUACCCAGCCGCGCAUACGCCCGAGUACGCGAGCUUUGAUUUUGCGCAUGCGCAUGCGAAUGCGAAUGUAAACGCAAACGCAAAUGCGGGCGCGGAAUCUGUAGCCCCUAUGCCUAUGCCUGCUGCUGUGCCGUUGAUCCCUCCAGCCGCGUCCACCUCCACCUCCACCUCAAUUUCUACAUCGACCUCUACUUCGAUCGCUCCUGCAUCGGGAUUACGCUCGUCGGACUCGUCGUUCGAGUCGCCUGUCUCGGCGUCGACUUCAUCGUCGUAUACGGCUGUCGAUUCUGAGCAUGACCAUGACCAUGACCAUGCACCCGCGCAUACAUUUGUACACGCGCAUCACUAUGACCACGACCGCGAGCAUGACCACGAGCACGACCGCGAGCACGAGCACCCACUAGCGUACCCGCCCAAAUCCGUCCGCUUUUCGCAUACAUCUUCGGAUGAGUAUGAUGGAUAUAACUACGAUGAUGGGUACGAUGAAGGGGAGGACGAGGAGGGGGAGGAACACCCGCUCAAACCCUCUUCUUCUUCUUCUUCACACCACUGGCAGCAGACGCGGGGUCGGGAAAACGCAUCUUCACACCCUCCUCGUCGCUGGAGUCCUCCCAAUUCCAAUUCCAAUUCCAACUUUUUCGCGCGUAUACUCUCAGUAUCAACAGCAACAGCAAAAUCAAUUACUACCCGUGUACGAACCUGGCCCCCAAUCAACCGCACAUCCACAAUCAACCGCGCAAUAAACCGCACAUCAAAAAUAAUCCACGAAAACACAGGCCUGCUCCUCGUGACGGGCGCACAGGUGUUCCUUUCACUUAUGAAUGUCGCGGUGAAGACGCUGAAUAGUGUGGAUCCGCCUGUGCCGGCGCUUGAGAUUUGA